GUUAAACAAAUUCAAUAUUGCUGACGCCAGAAUUCAGUUCGAUUUGACUUAGCAAGAAUGACACACUCAGGCAGUGUCUUCUCCGAAACCUUGCAAUCCAUUACGACUGCAAAGCUCGACGAGCUGUCGAAGAAGCGAUCUAGUUUUGAAAAGAAACAUGAAGCCUUGGAGGCGGCCAUCGCAGCCGAAAAAGAUCCCUUGACAAGACUACUGAUUCUCUCAGAUGGUGUAAAAGACUGCUUCAAUGCCACUACCUACAGAGAUAAGAGCCAGGAUGAGCAGCCAUACGGCUUUCGAGGCAGAGUGAUCCGAGGCACUACUCAGAUCCCCAAGCUCGAGACAGAUCUUAUCAUUCUUGAGAAGGUUCUGACGCAGGCUCGAUUCGACUCGGGAACAGCGCCACAUGUACUCCCGCGGUGGGAAGCCAAACUGAGGCAAUAUCUGCAGACCCAAUCCCUGAAGUACCGCUAUGCUACUUUGUAUGGAGAGCUCGUCACUGAAUGGCUUUCUGAAGAAAAUAAAGACAGUUUGCCGGAGACUGAUGUGGGGAUGUCGGGCGUUUUCGAAGAAAUCCCCGGCGCGAAGAAGCUUCAGUCACGCAUGGAAUGGGAGAUGUCCGUAUUCGAGCCCGUGGAAAUUGAUGUUGCCGCACUCAAGUUGUACCUUGGCAAGGUAUUUGGCGUCAACGAGGAAGAUAAGGGUGGGGUUCGCGUUGCUAUAAAAAACCUAAGGCUACAGGUUGAGACUUUCGAAAGGGACAUGGCUUCUGCCAAUCCGUUCACGGUCGAUACUUUGACAUGGACUAUUGAAGGACUUUCAACCUCUGACCUCCUCGACGAUGACCAGCGUUCAGUCCUUAAAGAUAUUCUAGGCAAUGAUAUCAUCCUCAAUGAAAUCGCCGACGUUCUGAACUUGCGCCUGUCAGCCUUGAAUGAGUGGAAUUGGGGUGAAUUUGUGCCCGUCGAGCAACGUCGAAGUGUUACAGGCGCACAUAGUGUCCAUCUCCACGAGGACUUGCUGCAAGCGAUUCUGCUACAGUACAUUGGAAGAAAAUGGGCCGUUUUCUUUAAAGAGGCCUUUAUUUUGUUCCGCAAAAACAAGCAAGCCUGGAAAACCCUAAGGACACACAUCCCCGUGUCUUUUAGAAAGAAGUUGAGCAACUCCUUGGUCACCGAGCGUGGAGCGACAGUUCAUACUUUGAAUUGGAAAAGACGUGCAUUGCAUCGAGAGGGAUACUUCAGUUAUGGCCUUCCCAAUUAUCUGGAUCAGCGGAUAGAGUCUGCAGAAGGCGAUGAAGAAGCCGAGCUGGACGAUGUCGACGAUGACGAUGAUAAACCUCCACCCCCUCGCAAGAAGCAAACAGUAAUUAUGCGAGCCGGAAGACCACAAGGGAGGGCGAAAAGGCAUCGGAAGAUUGCGCCAUCUGACAGGCAGGAUCUAGAAGCCUCUAUCGCUGAAGAAAUUGAGGUUGAAAGCGAAGCCGAGAGCGAUGACGAAACUUUACCCAAACGCCCUAUGCUGAAGAAGCAGAGGUUACUGCACUUGGUCUCCACGGAAGUAGCCAUCGCCAGGGAAAUCCACGGGGAACUUAGUGUCUUCCGGUCUAUCUUCGAGCAAUGGAACCCCUUGCUCCCCCAUUCCACCAUCCUCACGGUUCUUCGAUGGUUUGGAGUGUCCCAAAAAUGGCUCGACUUUUUCCAAAAGUUCCUUGAAGCUCCGUUGAAGUUCAUCGAUGAUCCGGCUGCGGAGCCACGCGUUCGGCGACGAGGAGCCCCUGGCUACCAUGAGUUGACUGACAUGUUCGGCGAGGUUCUCUUAUUCUCCCUAGACUUUUCGAUCAAUCAAGUGACAGACGGUGGUCAGCUCCAUCGGGUUUCCGAUGACUUUUGGUUUUGGUCCCCCAACCAAGAUAAAUGCGUCGAAGCGUGGCAGGCCGUUGAAGCGUUCACAAGAGUGACAGGGACGUCUUUGAACAAAAAGAAGACAGGAUGUGUCAGGAUUGGCAGGCAUCCAGAUGAUUCGCUUCUCCGGGACACCCGCCUCCCCAGAGGCGAUAUUCGAUGGGGCUUUCUCAAGCUGUCUGCAGAAACUGGCCGUUUCGAGAUCGACCAAGCCCUUGUGGACAAUCAAAUUACGGAGCUCCGUUCGCAGCUCGAGAACAAAUCACGUGGCUCCAUAUUCUCCUGGAUUCGAGCGUGGAAUAUCUCCGCCAUCAAUUUUUUUGCGUCGAACUUCGGGAAACCAGCGAACUGCUUUGGACAAUCCCAUGUGAAGUCGAUUUUGGCCACACAUCAGCGCAUUCAUCAGGAACUCUUCUCUCAGAGCCAUGGCUCUGUAGCGGCGUAUUUGAAAGGCGUUCUGCAGGAUCGGUUUGGCGUCAGCAGGGAUGAGAUUCCGGACGCGUUUAUUUACUUUCCCGUGGAGCUAGGCGGGCUUGGGUUGCUCAGUCCGUUUGUAGAACCCGUGCAAUUGAAGGACCAGCUUGGAGAAACGUUGGAAGAGGAGUUUGCCACGUUACGAGAAGAAGAAUUAGAGGCAUACGAGAAGGCGCAAAAAACAUGGGAGUCCAGGCGCCGUCAACAGGAAGGUGAUGAUGAGAGCCGUGGAGAGGUAUCCUUCCUCUCAUUCGAGGAAUAUACGAGGUACCGUGAGGAUCUCGAUUAUCGCUUCCCCGGGCAGUUGUCCGACCUAUUUGACAAGCUCUUGAAAUGCCCAGAGCCCGAGAAUAUCGAGCCGGAACAAGUGAUCUACGGCGCACUGAACGCUCUGAGCGGCGAGCAGAACUUGAGGGGGAUCACGACUCAAUGGUAUAACAUGGAACCUUACUGGAGAUGGAUCACCGCGGCAUAUGGCCCAGAUCUCGUGAAGAAGUUCGAUGGGCUACGGAUUGUUGAUCCAUCGUUGUUGCCCAUUGGCAUGGUUAGUUUGUUUAAGGACAAACGUGUGAAAUGGAAUGGUUGAGGUUCUUGGGCGCACGACUUCGGAAAAGCGUCACGUCACUCACGUCAAACAUCAAGUUGCAUCGUAAUUUUCAUUUGAAGAAACG